GCUACAAGAAUUUCCCCAGAAAGUGGCAAACUUCAAACUUUGUGUGAAGAAUUGAAAAGUCUUCGACAAGAAAUGAAUAAUUUGAUCACUUUACUUCGUACUCCUUCCAAGAUGGGACUUUUGGAUGAAGCCGAGAAGGAAAUGCAUGGUAGUAGGUUAGAGCAGAUAAACGAUCAAAUUGAAGUAGUGAAUAGGUCUUACGAUGAAAGCCUAGAGACCCACUUCCAAUAUUUCAAUUCCAAAAAAGAGCGUCCUGGAAUUAGAAAACAUUUGCUGUCGCAUGCUCAAAUUAUAUGCUCUACUUUAAACUCCUGUCGGAGUAGAGAAAUGGAGGAGCUUUUUUUGGAGCACCAAGGAAGUUCUCCAUUCCUCUGUUGCAUUCUUGAUGAAGCGUCCCAAUGCACCGAGCCGGAGUCCUUAACGCCACUUGCUUUUGGCAUAACUAAGCUAAUCUUGAUUGGGGAUCCAAAGCAAUUGCCAGCAACUGUUCUUUCUAAGGUUGCCCAAAAGAAAGGAUUUGCACAGUCCCUUUUUAAUCGCUUUUAUUCAGUACGUGAUGAAAAUAAGGAUGGUGUGAUUAUGUUGACGACGCAGUACCGAAUGGUUUCAUCCAUAUGCGAGUGGCCUUCGAGGUAUUUCUACGCUGGAAAAUUAGAAACUGAUGAGAGUCUUAUAAGGAACGGACCCUGUCACGAGUAUAGAGUGCUAAACGUUGUUGAUGGGCAAGAACUUCGUGAGGAACAAAGCUUUAUAAACCAGCAAGAGGCCGCUGUGGUGGCCAGAAUUGUAAGGUUGUUCCUGGACUCUCCUUUGACCCGUUGGAAAUCAAUUGGCGUUAUUACUUUCUAUAAAAGUCAGAAAUUAUGCAUCAUAGAACAACUAAAAAAAGUGGGCAUCAAAUCAAAUUGCAGCGCAUCAACAGUAGAUGUGAACACCGUCGACAGUUUCCAAGGGAGAGAGAAAGAUAUAAUCGUCAUUUCAUGCGUCAGAGCAUCAUCACAGGCAGAAGAAAAUCUCGUCGGAGGUAUCGGGUUCAUCACCUCGUUAUCAAGAAUUAACGUCUCCGUAACCCGUGCCAAGGAAAUGCUUGUAAUUUGUGGGCAUUUUCUAACGUUGCAAAGGGAUGGGACCUGGCGUGAUUUGAUCAGCGAUGCUAGUAGUCGAAAUGUUGCCCACGAUGUUAGCAGGCAUUCUUCGUGUGAAGACUUACGUUCUGUACUCAUGCGUGCACCAGCCAAUGAGUCUACUAUUGUUAAUCAAGUCGUUCAUCAGCAAAUGGUGGCAUCCUUCUCUCGACAGUCUGGGAUGGACUUAAAUUGGUCAUUGAAGUGUUUGAUGGACAGCGGGUGGGUUUACGAUAGUGCCGCCUAUCGUUUCAAUUUGCUCAAAAGAACUUUCAAGAUCCCACUAGCAGCGUUCAUCGAACCCGAGCAACAGCAACAACAAAUGAUAGCAUCCUUCUCUGAACAGUCUGGGAUGGACUCAAAUUGGUCAUUCAAAUGUUUGGAAGACUGUGGGUGGGAUUACGAUCGUGCUGCAUAUGUUUUCACUGAGCUCAAAAGAACUUUCAAGAUCCCACUAGCAGCGUUCAUCGAACCCGAGCAACAGAAACAACAAAUGGUGGCAUCCUUCUCUGAACAGUCUGGGAUGGACUCAAAUUGGUCAUUGAAGUGUUUGAUGGACAGCGGGUGGGUUUACGAUAGUGCCGCCUAUCGUUUCAAUUUGCUCAAAAGAACUUUCAAGAUCCCACUAGCAGCGUUCAUCGAACCCGAGCAACAGCAACAACAAAUGAUAGCAUCCUUCUCUGAACAGUCUGGGAUGGACUCAAAUUGGUCAUUCAAAUGUUUGGAAGACUGUGGGUGGGAUUACGAUCGUGCUGCAUAUGUUUUCAUUGAGUUCAAAGCUGCUGGGAAGAUUCCGCUAGAAGCGUUCGUCAAAUAGCUACUCGGUAUGUCGGUGAUAUUUCUCUUGAAUAUUCUUUUAAUUCUUCACUUUGUAAGUUGAAGCAUUCAUUCUUAAUAUUUUAUAUUUCGAAAGAUUUCCCAGUCGUUCAUAACCAUCAAAUCUAGAAUUAAUGUAU